GGGGAGGGAAGGGAAAGAGAGGAAGAGAAGGGAGGGCGGCUCUGUCCGCUGCGGCCUUCUCUCCGUACUGCCCUACGUUCUGUUGUCGCAUUCGCCGGUUGUCUGUGAGGCGCGUGUGUGGCUUGAAGUGACUGGAGGAUGGCGGUGCUGCUGGAGACGAGUGUGGGCGACCUGGUGAUAGAUCUGCACACGACCGAGUGCCCGCAGGCGUGCACCAACUUCCUCAAGCUCUGCAAGAUCAAGUACUACAACAACUGCCUCUUCUACGCCGUCCAGAAGGACUUCGUCACGCAGAGCGGCGACCCUACCAACACAGGAAGGGGCGGAGACUCAAUAUUCAAGCUACUGGUACGCACGCGUCACACGCAUACACACAACACAUGCAACCAUGCGUCUGGUGUGGGUGUUGCCUAUCUGUUCAGGGAAAAGGUCCGCAUUUCCAGGAUGAGAUCAGCCCGAAGCUCAAGCACGACCGUGUCGGUGUGGUGGCGACCAACAACAGCCACCCCAACGAGAACACCAGCCAGUUCUACAUCACACUCCGAGACAAGAUCGACUACCUCGACGGACGACACACCAUCUUCGGCGUCGUGGCCGAGGGCGCCGACAUCCUGCUCAACAAGAUCAACCCCGCACUGCUGGGCGACGACGGCCGGCCCAUCCAGAACAUCCGCAUACGGCACACACACGUGCUGGAGGACCCUUUCGAUGAUCCCGAGGGGCUGGGGAGGCUGGUGCCGGACAAGUCGCCGGAGGCCAUGAUCGAUGAGGAGCUCAAGCCAUUCGAGAACCAGGAGGAUGAGGCAGAGGUGGGCGAGUGGUGGUGGGCACAUUCAUCUACGCCUUUUGUGAUGCGUGUGUUGAUGUGUUGUGUUCUGGCACACACAGGUGAUAGAGAGGAUCGAGACGGGUGAGGCCAAGAGCCGCGCGGUGGCCUUAGAAAUCCUGGGCGACCUGCCCGACGCCGACAUGAAGCCGCCAGACAAUGUGCUGUUCGUGUGCAAGCUCAACCCACACACACAGGACGACGACCUCGAGCUCAUCUUCUCACGGUAUGGACGCAUGAGUGAGUGGAGGCGCACACCGCAUCCACACCUCCCCAUUCGUGUGUGUCGUCAGGUUUGGUGCGAUCAAGAAGUGCGAGGUGAUCCGCGACUGGAAGACAGGCGACUCGCUGCAGUACGCCUUCGUCGAGUUCGAGAACAACAAGUCCUGUGAGGACGCCUACUUCAAGAUGCAGGACUGCCUCGUCGACGACCACCGGUAUACCGCACACACACAACUCACCCACACCAUACAGGUCUUCCAUGUAUGUCAUCUCUGCCUUCUCUCUGUGUGCGUCAGCAUCCACGUCGAUUUCUGCCAGUCGGUAUCCAAGCAGUGGCGCCAGUUCCGCCGGCAGGGCGCCAAGGGCUCACGAGAAGACGCACAGGAGGCCAACGCGUUGGCGUCAUCAGGCGGCAGGAGGGGCAGGCACCGGCAGGACGACGACGCCAAGCCCCUCAACCCGUCCGAUGCCGCAGCACAGUACCAGCGCGGCGGCCGGCCUGGCCAUGGGUUUGUCUUCGGCGACAGUCAAGGGGGCUCGCAAGCUGCUGCAGGGCAGAGGGGAGGCCGAUUUGACGAUGAUGAUCGAGACAGAGGUCGCGACAGGGACCGAGACAGGGACAGGUGGAGGGGGCGGGAUGACUCUGACAGGAGGCGGAAUGAGGACAGGCGGGGGAGGGAUGACCGUGGUGGUGCAGACAGGGACGAUCGUGAUCGGCAUUAUGAGAGGAGUGGGGGGCGGAGGGAGAGGGAGAGGGAGCGAGACAGGGACACAGAGGGAGGCAGAAGGCGGAGCAGAAGCCGCGACAGACUGUGAUAUUGAUACCUUACUGAUGCCUGUUCGUUUGUGCUUGUCGGGGGUGCGUGUCUGGAUCGACUUGCACCUGAGUGCCCAGCACACGACCCCUGUGCUGUGGCGUUCAAGUGCAAGCAGGACAGCCGACACACCCCUGAUGGCCGAACCGCUGGACACACAGACGGAUAGGCAUGCGACAUGUAUAAGCGACAAACGACAUGCGGAGGGCGAGAACACAUACAUGUGUGUGUGUGUUUCGCAUGUUGGUGCGUGCGGUGACUUGGGUGCGUCGUGCUUGCCGUGCAUCACUCGUGAUCUACUCACGCUUCUCCUGCAG